AUGCAGACACUAUCUGAGAGCAUGUCCUUUGCCUAUGAACGUCCAUGGAAACCUUUGUUCCAUCGUGAUAAGUCGAAGUUUCAGCAAAAGACCGUGUCUUAUAUAUUCGUUAUUCACUCACUGUCGGUUGUGUUAACACUACGUCAUUUAUUGCACAGCCCUUGCAGAGAUAGCAAAGUCAGCUCAGGAAGACUGUUUCAGCGAACGACGGCAACGUCUCGAGGCGGUCCGUUCUCUGCUCAGGACGCGGGACCAAUGAGAUCGCGGUAUUUCGUAGUGUGCCCUCUGCAGUGUUAUCUCGUUUCUUUUUAUCCUGCGUGGCACCGUUGUCGGCGUCGUCGCGCACGAAGCGCAGCGGCAGCCGGUGCGCCGGUGGUUGGUUACCCGGGCUGUGUGCUCGCGCGCAUUCCACAGCUGGCUGGCAAGCGGCAUCGCGCGGCACCCACGGGGGGAUCGUGCAAUGUGCUGGUGGAAUUAGCCAGUGUCACGUGGUGCUGGUUUAGUCCUCCGGCUUAA